UCGUUCUCGUUGGGCCACGCAAAAUUUAUGCCUUGGACGCGUACAUUCCACGCGCAGAACAUAGUAAUAUUACUCCAUGAGUAAUACUCCGCGACAUCUUCAGUCUCUCUCACUCUCACUCUCUCAUUUCAUCGGAUUCGAAUCAAACAACAAUCGGAGGUGCAUGCUUCUAUUACAUUUGGUUAAAACUGAUAUAGUAGUAUCAGUAUGGGAUAAAUAAAGUUGAAGAGAAUAAAUAGUGACUUUGGUGCGAGGUUCUUAUACUCCAUACCAUGUUUAAGGUCCCAGAUCAUCAGGUUGCAGGCCACCAGGCCUGUGAUGGAAUGAUUGGUCCUUUGGUAGAUGAUUCAGGGCACUUCUACAAGCCUCUUCAAAGUGAUGAACGUGGGUCCGCAGAGGUGGCCUUUUAUACAUCUUUCUCUUCAAACAAUAAGAUUCCAAAUCACAUUCGUAGAUUCUUCCCUAUUUUUCAUGGCACUCAGCUUAUAGAAGCAUCUGAUGGGUCUGGCCUGCAUCCUCAUCUUGUGUUGCAAGAUAUUGUCUCAAGUUGCCUCAAUCCAUCUAUCAUGGACAUCAAGAUUGGAUCCAGAACAUGGUAUCCCGAAGCAUCAGAGGAAUAUAUCCAGAAGUGCUUUAAGAAAGACAGAGAAUCGACGAGCCUUGCACUGGGGUUUAGGAUAUCUGGAUUGCAGGUACAUGGGAGCAAAGAAUCUGGGAUCUGGAAGCCUGAUAAGAAGCUUAUCAAGAACUUUACUGCCAAGGAUGUCAGGUUAGUUCUGAGGAAGUUUGUUUCUUCUAACGCAUGUGCAGAUUCAGGUAUGGACCCUGAUUGCUCUUUUGCAUCAACUGUUUAUGGUGGUUCUGCUGGAAUUUUGGCACAAUUGUUGGAGCUCAAAAAAUGGUUUGAGGAUCAAACCAUUUUCCAUUUCUAUUCUUGUUCAGUUCUUUUGGUCUAUGAUAAGGAAUCAGUGUCUAAAGGAAGGAGUUCCAGUGCUGAAGUUAAACUUGUUGAUUUUGCACAUGUUGUGGAAGGCAAGGGCAUUAUUGAUCAUAACUUCUUGGGUGGGCUCUGCUCUUUUAUUAAGUUUAUCUCAGAGAUCUGACCUGCUCGGAUGAGGACACAGCCAAAGCUUCUUGGCCAGACCCUAAGAACUGUAUUUGUACCAGUUGUGACCAUUCAGAAAUGAACAGGCUUGUAUUGUGGGAUUCUGAAAUCUAAAGUGUUUAGGCUUGGAUUACUUUCUACUUUAUUGGGCCUUAUAUUUUUAUUGACAUUGAUGAGGCUGUUUCAAUGAAUUGAUCUUAAAACUGUUUUCCCCGCAAUGCUACUGUUGCACUUCUGGAUUGGACCAAUAUAUGUUGAUACACAAAAGGAUUGAAUUUUGAUUUUCCCUGCUUGCGACAUUAGUAGUAAAAUUUACCAGUCUUAUUCCCACUACAUGGUUUGCCAUGUAGUUUCUCA